AUAAACAUUUAUACCGUAGUUGUAGACUUGUAGUUCCUCACAACGACACUUCGACACUACCAUACUUCAGUUUUAGUAAUAUUAAUUUAUACAUUUCGGCGUGAACGCUGAAAACUUCACUAUUUCUGUGCCAUCGCUUUUAAAUAUUAAAGAUAUUUAAUAAAGACUUAGAAAUUGUUCUAAAUUUAAACCGUUACAAAAAGGCACCAUGUCUUACAAUACAAUAUACCACAUUAAAACCACUCGAAUCUAUAUAAUAAUCGAAACUCUAUGUACAACAGCGUCCAAUGGAACUCAAAAAAAUCAAUAAAUGGGUUAUUGACUUAUGUUCUUCUAACAUUUUUAAAUAAAGAAACGAAAUUUGUUUUGCUUACAAAAGUGAAACAAUGGAGUUUUUUAAUUUUUUGGCAGACUGUUUAAAAAAAAUGAAAUCUGAUGACACAUUACCACGAGUCACAUCUCCACGCAUGUAUAAUGAUGGCAAUAUAACAUUUGAAGGAUUAAUGGUAGUUUUUGCUUCAUUUUCCACUUAUUUGCAAUAUUUAAACAUUUAUAGAUCAGUGUGGUGGUUACCCAAUUCAAAUUAUACUUUAUGGAAAAUACAUUUAAUUGAUUAUCAAGUGGUUAUAUUUAUACUAGCUAUGCAUUGUCGAAGAUUUAUAUAUUGCUUAAUAACAUGGGUUUUCCACAUGUUAUGUCCUCAAAAUUAUUGGAAAUUUAUUAGACUAUUCAUUAGAUUAUUUGUUUCAGUCACACUAUUUCUUUUAUUAGCCCUAUUGGCAUUUGAUCUCUAUUUAAAGUAUGAUUAUUUAAUAAUAGUUUACUUAUUUAUGCCGAUAAUUGGUUAUUUAUGCUAUUAUGGUUUUAAAGCAUGUCCAUUUUUUGAUAUGAUGUGUAUUAGCGAAAAAGAAAUAAUUAUCAAUGGAAAAUCAUUAAUUCAAUACACAAAUAUGCACAUAUGUACAUCAAACCCAAAAAUAAUUCGAUCAGAAGUGGAAAAUAUGAGAGAUGAUUUUAAUAAUAGGCUAACCCAAAUAUUGUUUUCUUCUUUUUUCUCAGCAUAUUAUGCAUGCUUUUUACCACUAGUAUUUGUACAAACUUAUGUGGUUUAUGAAGAACAUUGGGUGUUAAUGCAUUUUCCUUUUGUAAUGAUGACUAUGGGCAUGAUGCUGUGUAUUCAUUAUUAUCCUGUUAAGUAUUUUGAUCACCUACAUAAAGCAGCUAUGCACUUGGGCCGUUGGAAAAGAGUAAAAUUAGAUCGCCCUCACUUGCCCAUACAUUUAUGGUCAGAAGAAGUGGUAUGGCAACAAGGAUCAUUAGUUCGACAUAAUCAAUGUUUGUAUAAGGCUGAAGGAGUAUCGAAUGUAGCUGAACCAGGAAAAAAUGCUGAUAAAGUUUUUUAUAGAAUUUUCAGUAAUCCUUCAGAAACAAUAUUUUUUACAUUGGCUUCGAUGCAAGUAUCAUUUAUGGUAGUAUUGAUUAUUGCACUAGUCAUCAGUUUUCAAUGGCAUCAUAUAUUUUACCUUUCAUUUGUAAUGCUAUUAAAUUAUGUUACACUAUGUAAGACUUUAUUUAAUUAUCGUAUGACUGCCAAGAUAUACAAAUUGUUAAAGGAAAAAACUCAAUAGAUAACUUUCUGAAUUGAAAUAAAGCUUAAUGUCAGACUUUUA